AUGGGAGCGGUGACGUCGUCGAUGGCGGCGAAGUUCGCGUUCUUCCCCCCCAAUCCGGCGUCGUAUGGAGUCGGGGUGGAUGACGUGACGGGGAAGCUGAAGAUGACGGGGGUGGCCACCAGGGAAAACGUCGACGUUUUGAAGCUCUGCACCAGACGAGGGAACACCAUCGUCGCCAUCUACAUUGCAAACCCUUCCGCCUCCUCCACCCUGCUCUAUUCUCACGGCAACGCCGCCGAUCUAGGUCAGAUGUACGAGUUGUUCUCCGAGCUGAGUCACCACCUCCGAGUCAAUCUCUUAUGUUAUGACUAUUCUGGGUACGGCCAGUCUUCUGGGAAGCCUAGUGAGCAGAACACGUAUGCAGAUAUAGAAGCUGCAUAUAAAUGCCUGGUAGAAAUGUAUGGGGCGAAAGAGGAAGAUAUUAUUCUGUAUGGCCAAUCUGUCGGUAGUGGACCCACCACAGAUUUGGCUACGCGUUUACCAAACCUUAGGGCUGUCAUUCUACACAGUCCCAUCUUAUCUGGUGUUCGAGUCAUGUAUCCUGUCAAGCGGACAUACUGGUUUGACAUUUAUAAGAACAUUGAUAAAAUUCCUUUGGUCAAUUGUCCAGUUCUGGUAAUUCAUGGAACAGCUGAUGACGUAGUAGAUUGCUCCCACGGGAAGCAACUUUGGGAACAUUGCAAACAAAAGUAUGAACCCCUAUGGAUUAAAGGAGGAAAUCAUUGUAACCUGGAGCUUUAUCCUCAAUAUAUAAAGCACCUCAAGAAAUUUAUUGUGGCUAUUGAGAGGUCACCUUAUCAAAAAACUGGAUUUGGACCUGUUCCUGAUCAACUGGACAGACCUAGGAGUAGCACAGAUUUCAGAGAGAAACCUAGACUCAGCAUGGAUCUAAGGGAGAAUUUGAGACGGAGUUUUGACUUCAAAGAAAAGCCUAGGACAAGCACCGACCACAAAGAAAAGUCAAGAGCUGGUCCAGAUAAGAAAGAUAAAUCAAGAAAGAGUAUAGAUCGCUCUGAGAAAUCAUGUAAUGGAGUAGAAAUUCCUGAGAAAGCUAGAAAUAGCAUUGACCGUUUUGGGGACAUGGUGAGAUCAGUAGGAUUGUGCAAUAUUGAUUGUUUCAGGCCCAGGGCAACUCAUGCAUAA